AUGCCUAAGAAUAACAAACCAUAUUUAAAACCAAGCAAUUUCACAGGUUUGAUUUUUGAAAACAUCGACACGUUUCUAAAAAAAUAUGAUAGAGCUGCCAUCAUAAAUGGCUGGUCUGAAGCCGAAAAAACUCAAUAUAUCCCUGUAUUUUUGAAAGGUUCCGCCCUUACUUUUUAUGAUAACAUAAUAGAUAGUGGUGAAGACCUAAAAUGGGCUGAUUUAGAAAAAAAAAUUAGGUUAGAAUUUGAACCAAUAGCGCAGACCGAUAUGCUCCGAUUAAUGUUAGAAAAACGUAAACAGCUUCCAGAUGAACACACGGUAUCUUACAUUAACGAUGCUGAGUCAUUAUGUAGGCGCAUUGAUUGUAAAAUGUCACAAGAGGAAAUAGUCCGCAAUAUAAUGAAAGGCUUAGACCCCUCCAUAGCACGAUACAUAGGAAUAAUGGGAAAUGAAAAUUUAACAGAAUUAAAAAGUAAUGUUCGGAAAUAUGAAAUGGUUGAAUUUAUGAUAACAGGUGACACUCCUAAAACUUCACUUGAUUUCGAAACAGAAUUAAUAAAAUCUAAACUCCAAUAA